GCUAACCUCAGCCGCGAGCCGGCGCCGUGUGCUGCGCUGAUGGCGGCGCUGGCGGCUGCGGAGCCGGUGGAGACGGGCCUGGAGCGGCUGGUUCGAGCGCUGUGCACUCCCGGCUACAACCCCCGCGCGCCCCUUCACUACCUGGGGCCAGUGCUUUCUAACCUCAGCCAGCGUCCCGCCACGCGCGCUUUCCUGCUGGACCGCGACAGGUGCGUGGUCCAGCGGCUGCUGCCCCUUACCCAAUACGCGGACUCCUCGGUGCGCAGGGGCGGGGUGGUGGGGACACUGCGAAACUGCUGCUUCGAGCACCGACACCAUGAGUGGUUGCUUGGGCCCGAGGUGGACAUUCUCCCCUUCUUGCUACUGCCCCUGGCUGGGCCUGAGGACUUCUCUGAGGAGGAGAUGGAGCGGCUGCCUGUUGACCUGCAGUACCUGCCGUCAGACAAGCAGCGAGAGUCUGAUGCCGACAUCCGCAAAAUGCUCAUUGAGGCCAUCAUGCUGCUGACAGCAACGGCGCCUGGUCGGAAGCAGGUGAGAGACCAGGGAGCCUACCUGAUCCUGCGUGAGCUGCACAGCUGGGAGUCAGAGCCCGAUGUGCGGAUGGCUUGUGAGAAACUCAUCCAGGUGCUUAUUGGGGACGAGCCAGAGCACGGCAUGGAGAACCUGCUGGAGGUGCAGGUGCCCGAAGAUAUUGAGCGAGAGCUGCAGCAGCAGGACCUCCAGGACCAGGAGCAGUGUGCGCGGGAGCGUCAGGAGCAGGAACUGGCUCCAGAGCCACAAGCAGAGGGAGCUGCACCCACCUGAGGCCCCUGAAGCCCGCCACCAGCUCCAGGCUUCCCAGACCAGACCCAUCUGCAGCUGCCGGCAGGCCUCCGGGUCCCCUUGCUCUGAGGCUGUGCGCUGCUGAGAAGCAGAGCCACCUAUAAGCUCCAGGUCCUUGCUGAGGGCCCUAGAGUGAGUGCUCAGGAAGCACUGGAGUUUUGAGGGCACUGUUCCUCCCUGUGCCCUGUUGCUUCCAGCAAGAAUGCUGGUUGCUCAGAGAAGGAAUGUUCAACCAGAGCUGGCCAGGCCCUAUGACUUGCUCAGGUACAUCCUCGGUGUGUCCUAUGAGGCUGGACAGAAAAGCACUGCAAGCUGGAGGGGUCAGCUGAAGCUUCCCAGUCCCAGGGGCGCUGCAGUGGUCUGGGCGUAGGUGGGCACCCAGGUGCUUGCAGUGCCCCUUCCUGCCAGUCCUGUCCUGGGGCCCUCAGCUUGCCCUGCCUGAGACUCGGCCUCAAAGGGCUGACUUCUUGAGAUUCUCACCAGCCACAACCUGUCCUGGAGCCUCCUAGGGCUGCAUCCCCCUGGCCUCUCCCUGGAGCACUCCCUCUCAUCCUCUCCACCUUCCCACUUGACCUUGCUCAAACCCAGUUCUCAACUCCGUGCAAGCUCCUCGAGUCCUGUUUCCCAGUUCUGGACUAAGCUGAUGCCCUCGCCCUCUCCCAAUAGCUAGGCCCUCUCCCUGGUCAACUUCCCUGAGUCUCAGCUCCCCAGAACCCCUUGUCUACCAUGCUGAGAGCCUCCCUGAUAAGCCUGCAGCCUUGCCCAUGGUCCAAGGUUUUCUCCCACCACCCUCUGCCCCCUUUGAGCCCCUGGCUCCAUGUGUGGUUCCCCCAAUUCUUCAGCCACCAAGCCUUGAAGACUGUCACUGGUAGGCUGUCUGUGUGGCCCUCACCCCACUGUACUCUCUUCCAGAGCCUCCCACCAAACCUAGUGCCAUCUUGCACAGGACCACUGUGUACUGGCCCUCCCAGGCCCGUUGUACCCUGGUGCCAGAGUGUAGCUUCUCUUCCCAAGAGUUCCCAAUACCCCCGACUCCACAAGUCUCAGUCUGGUACUGCCUUAAAGCUGGAGGUAGCUCCACUUGCGCACUCCCAUCAAGGCUGAGUUCUUUGUGGUGCCGGGUAUCUCCCUCAGUAGUCCCUCUAUUCCUCCUUCCCUCCCAAUUAAAUGAAAGCUCUGGCAUGUAGGUAUGUGGACUCUUUUCGAGGUGCCCCAAGGCCUGCGGCCCUCUUCCUGUAUUGUGAAGUCCACACCCUCGGCUCCACAGAAUAAACGCUCCAUCUGGCCUCA